AUUUUGACCGAAAAGAAAGAAAACAAUUAGAGCAGGCAAAGAAACAGUGAAGAAGAAACGUUGCACUUUCCUCUCUUAUUAUUGUCCUCUCUGUUCAUCUCCAGUUUUCCUAUGCAACAAAAUAUUUGUUCACACUCACACCAGUAGUAGUACCACACCACUGCAAAACCAACCAACAUUCUCAUUUACCAAACUCACAGCAACCGCAACUCCUCCCUUCCUCCACCUCCCAAAACAAAGAGAAAUGACGGAGUUGGCAUUUUCCGUUGCAGAGAAAGUUAUCGAGAAGCUAGGCUCCCUUGCUUACCAAGAGAUUUCCUUGACAUGGAGCAUUGAAAGCGAUCUGAAAAAGCUUCAGGAUACCAUGUCCACCGUCCAAGCCGUGCUGCUGGAUGCUGAGGAGAAGCAAGCAACAAACCACCAGCUGAGCGUUUGGCUGGAGCGACUCAAAGUUGUCUUUCAUGAUGCCAUGGAUGUGCUGGAUGAAUUCGAGUGUGAAGAUCUACGGAGGCAAGUGGUGAAAAAAUAUGGAAGCACUGGCAGUGGCAGUGGCAGUGGCAGAAAGGUAUGCUGUUUCUUUUCAUCUUCGAACUCGCUUGCCUUCCGUAAUAAAAUGGGUCAUAGAGUCAAGGGGAUCAGAAAGAGGCUAGAUUUGAUAGCAAAUGAUAGAGAUCAAUUUCAUCUUGAGAUGCGACUCGAUGAUAAUCGUAUUGUGCACAGGGAGACCCACUCCUUUGUUCGUGAUCGUGAUGUUAUUGGGAGGGCUGAUGACAAGCAAAAGAUCAUAGAUCUUUUGAUGCUCCCAAAUGAUAAUGAUAACAUUUCUGUGAUUUCUGUCGUGGGAAUCGGAGGUCUGGGCAAGACUACACUUGCUCAGUGGGUGUAUAAUGAUGUAAGGGUAGCUAAUAGCUUUGACCCCAGAAUAUGGGUGUGUGUAUCAGAAAAUUUUGACGUUUUAAAAUUGGCAAAAGAAUUGCUUAAAUUGGCAGGUGGUGAGAUUAGUGAAAGCAUGAGUCUGAAUGAAGUGCAAGCUAGAUUACGAAGAAUUUUAAAUGAAAAAAGAUUCUUUAUCGUUUUGGAUGAUGUUUGGAACGAGGAUCGUAACAAAUGGAUUGACCUUAAGAAUUUGUUAAUAGGAGCACAAGGAAGUAAAAUUCUUGUCACUACACGUAGCCACAAAGUUGCCUUAGCGAUGGCUCCUGGACCAAUCCAUGACAUAGGAGGUCUUCCAGACGAGGAUUGUUUGUCCUUGUUCAAAAGAUGCGCAUUCAUUGAAGGGGAGCAUGAACAGUAUCCAAAACUAGUAGAGAUUGGAAAACAAAUAGUGGAAAAAUGCAAAGGCGUUCCUUUGGCUGUGAAGACUUUAGGGAGCUUACUUUAUUCUAAAACCGAGGUGCGUGAUUGGAUCUCUAUAAGGGAUAAUGAGAUAUGGAAACUGGAGCAAAAGGAAAAUGACAUUUUACCGGCAUUAAGACUGAGUUACAAUAAAUUGCCAUCGUACUUGAAACAAUGUUUUGCUUAUUGCUCAUUGUAUCCAAAGGAUUUUAGAUAUCGUAAUCAGGAUUUAAUUCAGUGCUGGAUGGCAAAUGGGCUCCUCAAAAAGUCCAACGAAAGUACUGAAGAGAUGGAAGAUAUUGGAGAACAAUAUUUAAAAGAGUUGUUAUCAAGAUCUUUCUUUCAAGAAGUUGAAAUCUAUGACACUAUUCGGUGGUCAUUUAAAAUGCAUGAUCUGUUACAUGAUCUUUCAUUAUAUGUUGCACAAAAUGAUUAUUGCUUAAUUGAAGACACUAAUAACACCAACAAGUUUGAAAAGGCUAGACACGUUUCAAUUUUGGACCGUGAAUGUGGUGUUGAUGCAACAGUAACUUUUUUACACAAGUUGAGUAACAACAUGCGGACUAUUAAUUUCUCAACUGAUGAUCGGGGCCAAAUUGAUUCUAUUAAUAUUAAUGAAUCUUUGGUGGAAACAUGCAUCUCAAGGUUUAAGCACCUGCGCUUGCUAAAUUUAAGUAAUUCAACGUUGGAAACGAUGUCAAGCUCCAUUAGUACUUUGAAGCAUUUGAGAUAUCUCAACUUAUGUGGAAAUAAGAUAAUAAAGAAAUUGCCUGACUCCAUUUGCGAUCUACAAAAUUUGGAAACUUUGAUAUUACGGGCCUGUACAGCUCUGGAAGAGUUGCCAAGGGAUAUAAGAAAGAUGGUUAGCCUCAGAUAUUUUGUGAUAACCACAAAACAAACGCGUUUACCUGCCAACGGAGUAGAGUGCAUGUCUUCGCUUCGAUAUUUGUCCUUUUACAACUGUCAUAGACUAGAGUGUUUUAAUGAAGGAAUCCAACGCCUCACCACCCUUCGCUGCUUGAGCUUCGAAUUUUGUGAAAGCCUGAUAUCUUUGCCGCAAGGUAUGAAACACCUAACCGCGUUGGAAUAUCUGGAUAUUACAUAUUGUGAAGAACUUAACUUAAUGGAAAGGGAUGACUACCCGACAAGUCUUCAAACACUCCAUAUUGGGGGAUUACCACAAUUAGUGAGUUUGCCCCAAGGGCUUAAAGGAUCUGCCGACACUCUACAAUUUUUAUCUAUUUUUGAUUGUAAGUACUUGGGGGUAUUGCCAGAGUGGCUUCCCGAUCUUAGUUCUCUUCGAAAGCUUGAGAUUUGGAGAUGCCAAAAAUUAUCGUCUCUGCCAGAAGGGAUGGAUCGCCUCACUGCCCUAAGAGAACUGGAGAUUGUUCGUUGUCCUGAGUUAAGGAGAGAUUAUGAGCGAGAGGUCGGCAAAGAUUGGGGCAAGAUGGUCAAAUUCAGUUUUGAUGAUCUUGGAAGAUUGUUCUCUCAGAAAAGGAUGUUCCUUGUGCUUAAAAUUGCCACUGCUUAUCAAUUCAGCCAUAAGAUGCAGCACAGAAAGUCUCAGCCUUCUCUUGUAUUGUAAAUAAUUUUAAUAAUAUUGUGGUGUUCAUUUAGUUUUUGUAAUGAUUAAUGGAGUGAUGUGUGUUUAUUUUAUGAU